UCUAGCGCAUAGCAGGGGGGAAUACAGACCUUUGAUGACGAUGGUACGGACAGCGGUACGGGUCACUGCCCCGGCGUGGGGACACAGCCCUCCAGGGGAGUGCCCUGCCCCAGCCCCCUUCCCUUGGGGAUGUUGAUUGCGGCCGCGGGGCAGCGGGCGGAGGGAUGGGAGGGACGGCCAGCAGGUCGUCCCCGCGGUUCACGGCAGCGGAAGCGAUUACUCCCAGUGGCGUCUGGCGGGCUCGCCCGGCGAAGACUCAGCACUUCGCGGCCCCUUGAUGGCGCCACCGCCCCGCCCCCGGUCCAGCCUAUAACUGGGGUCGGCACGCGCCCCCACUCCCGGGCCACAGCUAUGGCCGCCGCGCAGCCCCAGGCGUACCGGGUCGGGGCGGGCCCCACAACCUCCGCGUCCUCUGGCGUCCUUGCGAGCUUCCCCGCACCUGCCGGCCCCUCGCCUCCCAGAGGCUCGGCCGCUCCUCCAGCGCCGCAGCGCCGCAAGCGCACGUCGUUCAGCGCCGAGCAGCUGCAGCUGCUGGAGCUCGUCUUCCGCCGGACCAUGUACCCCGACAUUCACCUGCGCGAGCGCCUGGCGGCGCUCACGGUGCUCCCCGAGUCCAGGAUCCAGGUGAGCCGCGCCCGCCGCGCUGUCGACAGUCGGUUCCUGGAGUCCGGCGUCCAGCCUGUGGGCGCGUCGCGGUACCUGCGCACAGGUGAAGGCUUCACUGCCCCAGGCGGCUCUCGGCGACUUAGUCUCUCGCUGUUAAGGGGUAGUAAAGGCCUUUCGUAAGAGGCCAGCUGGGUGCUUGACUGGUCAGAGGGCAAAUCCUCAGGA